UGCGAGAGCUUAUUCAAUAGUCGUCGUGCUGCUAAUGCCAGGAUCGUGUCCGUCCAACGAUAUGGCGAUCUUCAAGGGGUGCCGCAUCGAUUUCUCAUCCUCCAUGUCACUCGAGCCGACGGAAGGGAAUUCUAUGUUCGGUUGGAUCGCAGACGGGACCACAAAGUCCCGUUGUGGUUGUUUGGAGUACGGGAUUUGGGAACGUCACACGCGAUAGAUACGGCUGCUGUUUCUGGCAGACUCGACCACCUUCUUGAUUUCACCAACACCAAGUCCGGCGUAGAGGCUGUCAUGGUCUUCCCUACUCCUGCUCCUUUGAUCGUGGCUGCACAAAUUCUGUAUGCUAUCGCAGCGGAAGCUCCUGAUUACAAGCUAACCAAAGAAAAUUGUUGGUUUUUCGCCUCCACCACCCAGGAAAUGUUAGUGCGGAUGUUUGGGGCAAAGUAUGAGAGAGGGUCUCUUAACCAUUCCACAAUCGGUUCUGAGAGACGAGAACGGAUUAAAGUCCUGACGUAUUCGCACAUUACAAAAGACAUUAAUAACAAAUUGGAGACCAUUCCAAGCUUCGCUGAUUCAAUGGACGACUCAAAGCUAAGGAAGGCUAUAAAGUCCGUCCUUGAUACUAUAAAACAUCACCUUCCCGCUUAUCACACUUCCCCACCCGAUGCAUUCCAAAUCUCCACAUCCACUCAAGCACUCCUUGCUGUAUUGCAACGGACAUUACACGAACACCUACAUGGAAUCUAUGGAAUUAAAGGCGCACGGAUCUUCUCGCACGAUUUCACCGAUAAAUUAGUUCAGAUCAUCCCAUCGUUGGAACAACUCCAAGAAGAUGCUAGUAUCAUAAACCUCUUGGAAUCAUCUCUGCGGGAAGGUCUUGCAGUGCAUCGUCGAUCCUCAGUCAUGUACGAUUCGCUCAAAAGUGACCUCGAUUCAUUUUCCAAGCCCUCUCCCCGGAAGGACAUGGUGCUCUUCUCGUUGGAGCUGCUUGGGCGAUGUGCAGUGCUGGAUCAGUUGCCAGCGCUAUGGCGUUUCCAAGUAGAUGCAGAAAUUCCUGAUCUCCAACCUGAGUUUGAGAGGCUGAUGACGACGCAGCUGAAGUUUGUGUGUUUCCAUUGGAUUACUCUCCUUUGAAAGUCGGAUGAGAACCACGACGAUGAAAUAAUGAAGGCCCUUUCCAACGCUGUCCCGGCCUUUCUCCACUGGAUUGCGGCAAUGGGAAUCAUGGGUGAAAUUGACCAAGCGUGCCAAGGCAUGAAAGAACUACAACGGUGGCUAGUCGACAUUCAAGCAGUCAAUAGUAUAGGUCACGUAAUUCGCGACCUGCUCUGUCUAGUCGAGCGAUCCCGG